AUGCCAGACUUCUCCAAGUUCGAUGGGACUGGUGACCCGAAGACUCAUCUGUUGGGUUAUCAUGUUGCUAUGAAGUUGUUUGGGGUCGAGGAUGAUGUGAUGGUCCAGAUGUUACCUCAAACGCUCUCUGGCCCGGCUUUUCAAUGGUUUCUGUCUUUCGACGUCUCCAAAAGAAGGACUUGGGAAGACAUAGGGGCUGCCUUUGUCUUGCAGUACAAUUACAACUCUCAACUUGAGAUGACCACUCGAGAGUUGGAGUCUACAAAUAUGGAAGCAAAGAAGUCCUUUGUUGAUUUUAUAAAAAGGUGGAUGGAUGCACUGCAAAGUGAAAUUCUGCAUAAGGGAGAGCCCUCCUCAAAGAAAGCGAAGUUGCGUCUUUGUUCUAGAAAUAGUAGCGCAUUGUUUGGUAACAACAACUACUCCAAUACAACUACAAGUGGGAGCGAUGCUCCAGCUUUCAACUCCAAUUAUACUGCCAAUAUCAACCAAGUUCAAAAUGCUCAAAAUAGCCGACACCGAACCCAACGUCGGAACUUCUUUGCCUUUGAGGCGUCUUUGUCUGCUGUGAUGGAGAAGCUUUUCCAAUCUGAGCAUUUCAAGCCUUUGACCCCAACUUCCUUACCCAAGGUCCUACCUGCCAACUACAAUGCUAGCCACUUCUGUGCCUUCCAUCAAAUGCAUGGCCAUCUCACUGAUAGCUGCUUAUGUCUCUGA